CGCUCUUGGGUAGCCAGCCGUCAAAGAUACGUCAAAACAAGUUCCGGUACAAAAGCCUUCGAAAAUUUCCGACUGUUGCAACAUAAGUUGCAACUGCUCCUGACCACCGGUGAAAUACGAACUGAAAUAUGUAGAAUUCUGUCUUCUUCACCAUUCACCAUUCUUUAUACAGUUUCAACGAGAAAGGCCUAUCGAACCACACCGAUAUGCGAGAACUACCCCGUCUUACACGUUCGCUAAGAGCCUUCACAGACUUAAGACGUACAAAUAGAUUAGACAAUGAGAAAAAUAAUCUUGUCGCCAAACAGUUAGAAAGGGCAGCAAAAGCAGAAAAAGGACUAACCUGGUUACAAAUAUGCAAAUCUGUAACCCCAGAUGCCGUACCGUAUUUGAAUGAGAUUCACCAUGAAGCCUCUAGCUUCUGUGAGGAUCAAAGUUCAGAAGUAAAAGAUGAUGCUGCACUCCUCAUUUUAAAGCUCCUAAUCAAUGAAAAUAACGUCAGUCAAAAGAAUCUGAAGAUCUUGCGUCAAACAUUUGGAACUAUAACGCUAGAAACAGCUAACAAAAUCAUGCAGCUAAUAAAAUCUGUACGAGAAAGGAUUUCAGAAGAAACUCUAAACCUUAUCCUUAACGUAGAGGAAGAAACAAAUAGUCCCUCGAGUUUCCCACCAAACAUGUUUGGUCUUCAUAUUCCCUACUUUCCACAAAAAAUUGAGUGGCCAGAUACAACAAAGCUCCAAGAUAUGUCUGCAAAAAACCCAUUGAAAAUUACCAGCAAUUUCACAAUGGCCUAUCAUGCAGAUCCGGUUACUCAGAAAAAAACUGAGUUUGAAAAAUCCCGAUUCACAAGAGGCCUUAAACGGUGUUAUGAGAAAUAUUCAGCAGAAAUGAAAUAUGAAGAUUUUGGACACAUGAUCAUCAAUAAACUCGAGUGUGGUGGUGACAAUCUUCAGACUGAGCUAUUCGAUCUUUUGGGCUACGAGAAUAUUGAAUUUAUUGAGUAUGCUCUUGAGCAUCAGAAAAGCAUCAUAGCUAUAUACGCCAUUCAAAAGAUCUCAAAAAAUGGCACUGCAUUGCAAAGACCUCAGGUAGGAUGUCAAGUGAUAGUUCAAUCAGAAAAGGAGAAACAACUCAUAAAACAGUAUCGAAAAGAAGAAAAGAAGUUGAAUAAAAUAACAAAUAAAUUAGAUAAUGACGACGAUGAUGAGCAGGACAGUUUUGAUCCAGUAGAGCUACGCCUGAAACGGCAAGAAGCUUUAAUGAGACAAGCUAUGCAAGCUCCCAUCCUUACCAAAAAAAGUAUUCUUCCAUCUAGUCUUCAAAUGGAGAAGUAUCCAUUUGUAUUCGAUUUAAAACUCACGGCCAAGUCCGCUGCGGGCUUUGUCUCUGGGCAAAAAGUGAUGCUGCCAGAAAAUGUUGAGAGAAAAGAUUCCCAGUUAUGCGAAGAAGUUCACAUACCGGUGCCCCCUGCUGCAACGUUGACUGUUGGCAAUGACCCUGUGAUGAUAUCAUCUCUAGAUGAAGUAGGUCAGAUGGCAUUUCAAGGUAUAAAAUCACUGAAUCGUAUUCAGAGCAUAGUCUUCGAUGCAGCAUAUCACACCAAUGAAAAUUUGCUGAUCUGUGCUCCAACUGGAGCCGGUAAAACGAAUGUCGCUAUGCUGACUGUAAUACACCAGCUUAAAUUGCACAUUGUACAAGGUGUUUUAAAAAAAGAUCAAUUCAAGAUAGUCUAUAUCGCACCAAUGAAAGCUUUAGCGGCUGAAAUGACUGCCAGUUUUAACAAAAGAUUAGGCUGUUUGGGUGUCUCCGUACGGGAGUUAACCGGUGACAUGCAAUUAACAAAAGUUGAAAUACAGCAGACGCAAAUGAUCGUAACUACACCAGAAAAAUGGGAUGUAGUAACGAGAAAAGGUACUGGAGAUAUCGCACUUACAAGCAUAGUAAGAUUGUUGAUUAUCGACGAAGUUCAUUUGCUACAUGGGGAUCGGGGACCCGUCGUGGAGGCUUUGGUCGCUCGAACCUUGAGACAGGUUGAAUCAUCGCAAAGUAUGAUCAGAAUAGUUGGUCUAUCGGCAACUUUACCCAACUAUACAGAUGUGGCAAAAUUCCUGCGCGUCAAUCCGUAUAAGGGAUUGUUUUACUUCGACCAUCGAUUCAGACCGGUUCCCCUCGGUCAGACAUUUAUUGGUGUAAAAGCAUUGAGACCUCUACAACAGAUGAGUGAUAUGGACCUCGUAUGCUAUAAUCACGUUGUCGACAUGGUUCGAAAGGGUCAUCAGGUAAUGGUAUUUGUGCAUGCUCGUAAUGCUACGAUCCGAACAGCGACGGUUCUAAAGGAAAUGGCUUUGCAAAAUGGCACUCAAAAACUAUUCAUGUCGGAUGGUAACACCGGACUUGCUCAAAAAGCGUUAGCCAAGUCUCGUAACAAGCAGCUCGGAGAGUUAUUUUCCUAUGGGUUUUCCGUACAUCAUGCAGGCAUGUUACGUACGGACAGGAAUCUCGUUGAAAAAUAUUUUUCCGAGGGUCAGAUAAAAGUUCUGGUAUGCACUUCUACGUUAGCUUGGGGUGUUAAUUUACCAGCACAUGCCGUUGUCAUACGAGGUACAGAAAUAUACGAUUCGAAGCAUGGAUCGUUCAUUGACUUGGGGAUCUUAGACGUUCUACAGAUCUUUGGUCGAGCCGGUCGACCGCAAUUUGAUACCUCUGGACAUGGAACAAUAAUCACUACUCACAAUAAACUCUCGCAUUAUCUCUCGUUAUUAACAAAUCAGUUCCCCAUCGAAAGCAACUUCAUCACACAUUUGGCUGAUAAUUUGAACGCAGAGAUUACUUUGGGAACUAUAUCGAAUGUCGAAGAGGCCGUAGAGUGGCUAAGUUAUACGUAUCUGUUCGUACGAAUGAGAUUGAACCCUCAAGUAUACGGUAUCAAUUAUCAGGAUGUUAUCGAAGAUCCGAAUUUGGAACUCAAGCGAAAACAGUUGAUAGAUACAGCUGCCAAAGCUCUGGACAAAGCCAGAAUGAUACGGUAUAUUCCUCGAACGGGAGAUCUCAGUGUGACCGACUUGGGUCGGACUGCGAGUCACUUUUACAUCAAAUAUGAUACCGUUGAAAUAUUCAAUGAACAUAUGAAACCUAUUAUGACCGAAGCUGAUAUACUAGGAAUGAUAUCCUGUUCCCAAGAAUUUGAGCAGCUUAAAGUCAGAGAUGACGAAAUGGAUGAAUUGGACGAUUUAACCAGAGAUUAUUGCGAGGUAUUGGUACAAGGUGGAGCGGAGAAUAUUCAUGGAAAAGUGAAUAUCUUAAUACAAACAUACUUGUCACGAGGUCGUGUGAAUUCAUUUUCUCUUCUCUCAGACAUGUCUUACAUUACGCAGAAUGCUGUACGUAUUUGUCGUGCACUAUUUGAGAUGGUACUCCGUAAGAACAAUGCAAUCAUGGCUGGACGUUUGCUUGGCAUGGCGAAAAUGCUGGAACUGCAGCAAUGGGAUCAUAUGAGUCCAAUGCGUCAGUUUUGCUGCUUACCGCACGAAAUUAUCACUAAAAUAGAAGAACGGCAUCUCACGAUAGAAAACCUCAAGGAAAUGGACGUCAAGGAAAUUGGUGACGUUCUACGGAAUCAGAAGAUGGCUAGUCUGAUAAAAAAGUGUUGCAGUGAAUUCCCUGCCCUGGAAUUAGACGCAACCUUGCAGCCGAUUACGCGAACCAUACUUCGAAUUCGUUUGAAAAUCUAUCCGGAAUUUCAUUGGAAUGAUAGGGUGCAUGGUAAAAGUUCCGAAGCUUUUUGGAUCUGGAUAGAAGAUCCGGAUAAUAAUUUCAUUUAUCACCACGAAUACUUUCUAAUUACGAAGAAAAUGGUUUACGAAGGAGUAGAUCAGGAUCUUGUGAUGACUAUACCCCUUUCCGAACCAUUGCCAACUCAAUACUAUGUCAAGAUCGUCAGUGAUCGAUGGUUGGGAUGUGAAAUGAUGCUACCCCUAUCCUUUCAAGGUUUAAUACUACCCGAAACUCACCCACCGCAUACUGAUUUGUUAGAACUACAGCCACUGCCUGUAACCGCUUUGAAGGAUCCAAGGUUUGAGAAGUUGUAUAAAUUUUCUCAUUUCAAUCCCAUCCAAACGCAGAUUUUCCACUGUCUUUAUCAUACCGAUAACAAUGUUCUUUUGGGGGCACCGACUGGCUCCGGUAAAACAAUUGCUGCGGAAAUCGCUAUGUUCAGAGUCUUCAGAGAGUACCCCGAUAAAAAGAUAGUAUACAUAGCUCCCUUGAAGGCGUUGGUCAGGGAGAGAAUAAACGACUGGAAAGUCCGAAUAGAGGAAAAAUUAGGAAAAAGUGUCGUAGAGUUAACCGGUGACGUUUCUCCAGAUGUGCGAGCGAUAGCCGAUUCGAGCGUAAUCGUAACGACACCCGAAAAAUGGGACGGUAUUAGCAGAAGUUGGCAGACGAGAAAUUAUGUACAAAAAGUUGCGCUCAUCAUAAUCGAUGAAAUUCAUCUCUUGGGCGAAGAUAGAGGUCCGGUGUUAGAAGUGAUCGUCUCCAGAACAAACUUCAUCGCUUCUCACACUACCAAAGCACUGCGAAUCGUUGGUCUAUCCACGGCUCUGGCUAAUGCCGUCGACUUGGCUAAUUGGCUUGGAAUCGAAGACAUGGGCCUCUACAAUUUCCGGCCUUCGGUUCGGCCAGUACCACUAGAAGUUCAUAUCAGUGGAUUUCCGGGAAAACACUAUUGUCCUCGAAUGGCGACGAUGAAUCGACCGACCUUUCAAGCGAUCAGACAGCACGCACCUUGCAGUCCAUCUCUCGUCUUUGUGUCUUCGCGAAGGCAGACACGACUGACGGCAUUGGAUUUGAUUGCCUAUCUUGCCGCUGAAGAUGACCCGAAACAAUGGUUACAUAUGCUCGAAGAUGAAAUGGAUAACAUAUUGGUCAAUAUCAAAGAUGUGAAUUUGAAGCUCACCUUAGCUUUUGGGAUCGGACUCCAUCACGCCGGUUUACAGGACAGAGAUAGGAGGACAGUCGAAGAAUUAUUCGUCAAUAACAAAAUACAGGUACUGAUAACAACGGCCACGUUAGCAUGGGGAGUUAAUUUUCCAGCUCAUUUGGUGGUGAUAAAAGGCACCGAAUAUUAUGACGGGAAAGCAAAACGCUACGUUGACAUGCCGAUAACGGACGUACUGCAAAUGAUGGGUCGAGCCGGAAGACCACAAUUCGACGAUUCGGGUGUUGCCGUGGUCCUUGUUCAUGACAUAAAAAAGAAUUUUUAUAAAAAAUUCUUGUACGAGCCUUUCCCGGUGGAAUCUAGCUUGUUAGAAGUAUUGCCCGAUCACAUUAACGCCGAGAUUGUGGCUGGUACGAUAAAAAAUAAGCAAGAAUUUCUCGACUAUUUGACGUGGACGUAUUUCUUCAGAAGGUUAAUGAAAAAUCCACGAUAUUAUGAUCUGGAAGUUUUGGAACCUGAAGAAGUCAAUCGCUAUCUAUCUGAACUGGUCGAAAAGACUCUUGGUGUACUGAUAGAUUCGUAUUGUAUCGAUUACGAUGAGGAAGAGCAAUGUUUGACCCCCCUCUCAAUGGGAAGAAUAGCGUCCUUCUAUUACCUGGCGCAUCAGACGAUGCAGUUGUUUAGUGACAGAUUGCAAGAAAAUCUGACACUUGACGAACUUUUACGAGUUGCAUGUGACGCUCAUGAGUACAACCAAUUACCAGUGAGACACAAUGAGGAUUUGCUGAACGAAGAAUUAGCAAGAAUGUGUCGCCACGCAGUAGAUCCACUGACUCUAGACUCUCCGAACACAAAAACGUUUCUGCUGCUUCAAGCUCAUUUCUCAAGGUUGCCCUUACCCUGCGCAGAUUACCUGACGGAUCUCAAGUCUGUACUUGAUCAGGCAAUCAGGAUCCUGCAGGCUAUGAUCGAUAUUGUUGCCGAUCGAGGUUGGCUCAGAGCUGCGUUGCAUCUGAUGCAACUUCUCCAAAUGAUUAUUCAAGGAAGAUGGGUCGAUGAGUCUGCAUUACUGACUCUACCCCAUCUGGAACGGGAACAAUUGAGUUUGUUUUCAUCACUACCCAAAUGUUUGCCCAUGUUGUGCGCCGUUACUCAAGGAAAUUAUAGCCGCCUGUCAAACGCAUUGAGAGAAGAAAUUUCCGAAAGUGAAAUUCAGCAGAUACACCAAGUUUUAAAAGAGAUGCCUGUGCUAUACGUAGACCUAACACUGCAGGGCUGGUGGGCCGAUGGGAGCACAGAAAAGAAAAUCCCCCAGCCUGCCGGUGCUGAUUGUUGGAUCGACGUACACGAGGAUAACGAUUAUACAUUAAUUGUAAGAACGAGGAGGAAAAAUCACUCCUCUAAUCUCAAAGCACAUUGCCCUAAAUUUCCAAGAGGAAAAGAUGAGGGGUGGUUUCUCACAUUGGGAGAUCAAGAACAAGGAGAAUUGUUAGCGCUCAAGAGAGCGGCAGGCAUUAAAGGACAAAAAAGAUCUAAUCAGUUAUUCUUUACGACGCCGCCAUGUUCAGGCCACAAGAAGUUGACGUUUUAUUUAAUUUCUGAUUGCUAUCUUGGACUGGACCAACAGUAUGAUAUAUAUUUGAAUGUGAUACCGUCCCCCAGUAUGGACCAAUAGCUCUCAUAUUUGGUACGUCUCAGUAUAAAACUUGCCCUACGCAUUGUUGAGCAUAUCUUUUAGUUCAUCGGUAACCAUAGAACAUGACUAGUGUUUCAAAUUAGACAUGCGAGUUAGUGUGAGAAAUGUGAAAACGGUUAAAAAUACUAAUAGAAUUAGAGUGCAGCUAGGUUGAAAAUAAUGUGUCAGAUAUGUGAAAUUUAUAAACAUCUCGUUCGAAUUGUAGAACUUCAUUCGUUUCGUAAUAAAAAUUCUAAUAGUUUUCUUGUUAUGUAAUUAUAUUUUUUAAAUUAAAAAACAAAAAAAAUCAUCUCGCUGGCGGAGAUAUUCUUUUUGGGCGGUGGUUUUUUUUUCCAUAAUCAAAAAUCAAAUUCAAUUAUACUCAUAUUUGAUUUAUUCAUACUUAGAAAUUCAGAAUGCAACAAUAUACAUAUGCAUACACAAUCGGAAACACAUACAAAUCAGGAAGUGCUAACAGAUCUUUGAACAUAAUUUACAAAUUAAUUAUUCACUGCGGACCAUCUAGUCUGACAGGACUAUUACUAUAACAUUAUGUACCUAUAAUACUACCUUACUACUAUUUACAUUCGAAGUUCUUAUCGGUCCACAAAUGUUACAGUUUUCAGAACACACAUACAGGAAUUUUAUUAAAUUCAUAGAGAAAAAGCAACAUCGGUGGUUGAUUUUAAUCACAUAACAGUUGUUAGAAUGGCAGAUUUUCUUUGGUUCAUCCAUAAAUUUAUGAUUAUACUGUAUUAUAGAAUUGUUAAACAUAUAUCAGCAUUAGCAAAUAGUUAUUCAAUUGUUUAUCCGGUUAUAAUUGAUGAUUCCCUUGAAAAACUACGAAUGUAAAUAGUAUCGAAACGAUCUCAAUUUCCCCAAGAUCGAAAAGAAGAAUGGUGCUUGCUAAUCUAACACAAGAUGAAAAUUUGAAUUUGACUUAAAUUUUUUUUAUCAUAAAUAUUCAUUCAUCAGAAAAGAUAUUGGUAAUAAUAUCGAUUAACAUUAUGUUUAUAAAAUUUUGAGGUCAAAAAUGUUGUGGACAUAUGCAGUAAAAAUUUCACUAGAUUUUCAGACUUGACGUGGGCUGGUACUUUUUCAUCAACCGUAGCAGGCAGCGAACUUAAAGUUGAUACAAAUGUUGAUAGGCAUUAUUCAUAUAGUAUACAUGUAUAUAAAAGUCUGCUAUAAAGUUUAAUUAAUUGAAUCAAUACGAUUCAGUGCCAUGAUAAUUUUCCAGUCGAAUAGUCUAUAUAUUCAGAGACAAUGUUAAAAUUAGCUAGAGAAAAAGAAUUCUUUUUUACAACUGCCAACAAAUCAUGAUCGUUGUUGAGUUUGUUCAACUUAUGUAUAAAAUAGAUAGGAUUUGAUUCAAGUCUAUUUUAAUCAAUUUAAUUAUAGAAAAGUUUUUUCAUUAUUGCAAACAUGAAAGAUUGCUACGAUAUUUCAAUUUUAAUACAAAAACAAAACAGAAAAAAAAAUACUUUUCUUAAGGAUUUGUUAUGGCUUCUCUUACUCUCAUUGCGGAAUGGUGCAUGCAGCCAAUUUUUUUUAAAUAUUCUCUAGCAAUAAAUACAAACUUCAUUUUGUGGUCAGAUACAAUCACUAUAGCAGACAGAAUUUUUCAACCCAUAUCUUGCAAUAUUGUAUCCCUAGUUCUCUGCCAAUUCAUAGAAUCAACAACCCCUAAUUAUACAAUGUUAAUGCCAUACAAACGUACAUAGCUGUUUAUAAGUUUCCUGUAAUCGAUUAUUAGCACAGUGGCAAUAAGACAAACAGAAGGAAAAUCGAUAUCUUAGAGGCAUAAUAUUAUUAUUUACAAGAUCUCAUAUCAAUCAUAAAUUAUUUAUCACUACUUACCUCUGCCAUUUUUUUUAAUUUUUUUUUUUAUGAAAAUAGACUAACUUCAAAAACAUCAAUUUUCCUUUCAUUUUUCUUUUGCGUUGACACAUUUCAAAAUUAACGCAUUAAUGGGCGGAUAGAGAUGAAAUAAUCCAUUUUCUGAUGACGCCAAACGCAGCAUUUAUCAAGAAAGUUUCAUCCACAAGUACGGCGAGUAAUCCUGCUGAUGCUUUGAAUCAUUUAUCACUACAGGCAAGACUAAUCAGGCGAAGAAGAUCAACUGCUAUAAAUUCAUAAUUAAUCCUAUGCCCAGUGUUUUGUUUUUCCACUUUUUUCCUCCUCUUUCGCAUACUUAGUACAACGCGUUCAAUUUAUUUACAGACAACAUCUUUUGUACUUCCAUUUGACUAACAAAGUUGUCAGAAAACGGAGAAAUACGAGUGAUGUUGAUGAUAAAUUCAACUCAAGAUUGAAACUGCUUGAUGUCGUCGAAGUUGACCAAUUUUAAAUAUCAUUUAUUAUUCAAAACAAACAUUAGAUCCCGAAAUACAAACAGUAAUCUAACAACGAAACAGCCCCUCUCCCUACGACAGGUAAACCGCUGCAAUUUUUGAUACUAUGAAAUCAUUAAUAUUUUUAUUAUUAAUUAGAUAAACAUAAAUUUUGAUUUUUAACAACAUAGAUUCAAUCCUCACAUGCUUCUCAACAUUUGAUGAACCAGCUCGCCGUCGCUCAUCAAGUGCGGAAAAGGUAAACGACAUAUUAUCGUCACAUCUAUCUUUGUCAAUAAUUUAGAUGCAAUUUGUCAAUAAUUGCGAUGCUUCAAAGCACUCGAUAUUUCUCUCAAAACGGAUGAGGGGACGAAAAUUUAUGUCAAAUAGAAUAAACGGAUAUUGAAAUCUAGCAUGAGAUAAGUAGUUUGUUUCUAUUUAUGAAAAUAUAUUAAAUCCUGAUAAUUUA